AGCUCAUCAUGAUGCAGAGGGACAGGUCAGGCCCUCAGAUCCGGGAGAAGGACAGUAACCCUAAUCAGAGGAAACUUCUGCCAUUUUGUCCUCCUGUGGUACUAGCUCAGUCUGUUGAAAAUGUUUGGACAACGUGUCGAGCAAAUAAACAAAAACGUCACCUUCUGGAGGCCCUCUGGCUGAGCUGUGGUGGUGCAGGGAUGAAAGUUUGGCUCCCUCUCUUCCCUAGGGAUCACCGCAAGCCCCAUUCCUUCUUGUCCCAGCGGAUCAUGCUGCCUUUCCACAUCAAUAUUUACCCCCUGGCUGUUCUGUUUGAAGAUGCAUUAGUCCUUGGUGCUGUCAAUGACACUUUACUCUAUGAUUCUUUGUAUACUCGGAACAGUGCUAGGGAACAGCUGGAGGUGCUCUUCCCUUUCUGUGUUGUGGAGAGAACCUCUCAGAUCUACCUCCACCACAUUCUACGUCAGCUUCUGGUCAGGAACCUUGGGGAGCAAGCCUUGCUUUUGGCCCAGUCCUGUGCUGGAUUACCUUACUUUCCUCAUGUGCUGGAGCUCAUGCUCCAUGAAGUGCUGGAAGAAGAAGCUACCUCACGGGAGCCCAUUCCCGACCCUCUGCUUCCCACUGUGGCAAAAUUUAUCACUGAGUUCCCCCUCUUCCUGCAGACAGUUGUCCAUUGUGCCAGGAAGACUGAAUAUGCCCUGUGGAAUUACCUUUUUGCAGCUGUUGGAAACCCCAAGGACUUAUUUGAGGAAUGUUUGAUGGCUCAGGAUUUGGACACAGCUGCCUCUUACCUUAUUAUCUUACAGAAUAUGGAAGUCCCAGCAGUAAGUAGGCAACAUGCUACCCUGCUGUUCAACACAGCUCUGGAACAAGGCAAGUGGGACCUGUGUCGACACAUGAUUCGAUUUCUUAAAGCCAUUGGCUCUGGAGAAUCUGAGACACCUCCAUCCACACCUACAGCUCAGGAACCCAGUUCAAGUGGUGGAUUUGAGUUCUUCAGGAAUCGGAGCAUCAGUUUAUCCCAGUCAGCUGAAAAUGUUCCUCCUAGUAAAUUCAGCUUACAGAAAACACUAAGUAUGCCAUCUGGUCCUUCUGGAAAAAGAUGGAGCAGAGACAGUGACUGUGCUGAGAACAUGUACAUUGAUAUGAUGCUCUGGAGACAUGCUCGGCGCCUCUUAGAAGAUGUGCGGUUAAAGGACCUCGGCUGCUUUGCAGCCCAGCUGGGCUUUGAACUCAUUGGUUGGCUCUGCAAGGAACGUACCCGAGCUGCCCGGGUGGACAACUUUGUGAUAGCCCUGAAGAGACUCCACAAAGAUUUCCUGUGGCCACUUCCCAUCAUCCCAGCCUCUUCUAUCAAUUCUCCUUUCAAAAAUGGAAAAUACCGAACAGUAGGGGAGCAGCUGUUAAAGUCUCAAUCAGCUGACCCUUUUUUAAGUCUUGAGAUGGAUACUGGCAUCUCUGAUAUCCAACGAAGUCAGAGCUGGCUUGGCAGCAUUAACCCCGCCCAUCAUGAAAUAGACACAGCCUCAUCCCAUGGACCACAAACACAAGAUGCCUUCCUGUCACCUUUAUCUAAUAAAGGUGAUGAAUGCAGUAUUGGUUCAGCCACAGAUCUGACUGAAAGUAGCUCCAUGGUGGAUGGGGACUGGACAAUGGUGGAUGAAAAUUUCUCCACCCUCAGUUUAACGCAGUCAGAGCUAGAGCACAUCUCCAUGGAGUUGGCGAGUAAAGGGCCUCACAAAUCCCAGGUCCAGCUUCGGUAUUUGCUACACAUUUUCAUGGAGGCAGGAUGUCUGGACUGGUGCAUUGUCAUAGGCCUGAUUCUUAGAGAAUCCUCAAUUAUCAGUCAGAUUUUGGUUAUUACACAGUCAUCAGAGGUAGAUGGAGAGAUGUUACAGAACAUAAAGACAGGACUCCAUGCAGUGGACAGAUGGGCCUCUACAGACUGCCCUGGAUAUAAGCCAUUUUUAAACAUCAUUAAACCACAACUGCAGAAGCUCAGUGAGAUAACAGAAGAGCAGGUCCAGUCUGAUGCCUUCCAACCAAUAACUGUGGGUAAGACUCCUGAACAGACUAGCACCCGGGCAGAGGAAAGCAGGGGCUCUUCUGGCCAUGGAAACAUCCCUCAGGGUGAGAUUGGGGGUAGCAGUAUGGUCAGCCGGAAAGAGGACGACACAAUCCGAGCAGAGGAGGAGGAACCUUUUCAGGAUGGGACUUAUGACUGUUCUGUGUCCUAACAACGAGGCGUAAUCUGGAGGGACAGUAUUAAUUCCCAGCAGUGUGCAACUGAGUAUGCAUGCUAGUUGGGUGAUUUAACAGAGGAGAGAACUCAGCUUAGAGACUCUCUGGUAAAGUAUUACUAGAUUUUAACUAAUUCUUUUCUCCUCUAAGAAAUCUUUGACUCCAUAAAAAUGUGAUAUCAAAUAAAACGUCUUUCAUAAAAAAAUAUUUUUAAGCUGCAGUGGAAAGUAAUAAAGAAUAUCAUACAGAUGUACAUGAGAAUAUCUUGGUUUUAUUCAAAGGUGACAGCUCUUAAACUCUAGGGAUGGUUUUGCCCUGGGUGAGCUUACUUUUUCACUGCUUAUAGCUUCUUAUAUGUUUUCUGGUUCAGUGUGUGUCCAGACUGAUUUUUUUUUAAAUAAAUGCUAAGGUGCUUGCUAUAGCUCAUCAGGUACUUGAGCUACCUGUUUGCUCCCUUGGAUAGAGUUUGCUGAACUCCCUAAUUAGUCCUCCUGAAUGGAUGCCAGCAUGAUGGAGACGUUCUCCUUGGCUUUACUAGCCUGUUAGAUCCCAGUCCUGAACUGACAAAAGCUAUUUACCUGUGAGCUAAUGUGCCUGUUGGCAAGCUUGAUUCCUACUAGAUCAACGUGGACAUAAGUCUGAGGGGUUCUUAUCAAUUAUGCUGUUAGAUACCACUAAACUAUUUUUUAUCAAACAACUGUAUCUUUUUGUGAAUACUCUUGUGUAAAUAUACUCAAAGGCACUGUUCAUAUUUUUAGGACUUGUAUAAUAAUUUGUAAGGUUUUAUGCAGGAUUCUGCAUGACUUUAGAUACACUUAGAAUAAAGACAGAGCUUGCUCUUCUUUCCCAAAAUGAACAGUCUUCAUAAAGGAAGACAGAUUUAUUGGCUUGGACAUGAAAUGGUCACACUGAUCAUGAAAUGGAACAGGUUUUGUGCAAAUUAAUGUAGUUUCUUAUUUAUUGCUUUUAUAAACUGAAUAAAAAUGGACUUUUAUUUAAAUAGACUGCUGAAUCCUGUAUUAUCAUGGUUACUAAAAAUUAGUAUGUAAAGAAUGCAUUCUUCAUUGUAAACUUUAAAAUGUUAUGUAUUUCUAGAUAUGACUUAAAUUUUAGUUUUCAUACAUUAUGAAAACAGAACUGCAUACUUCUAAUAGCUUGAGACUAAACAUAUAUAUCCACUGUAUGUAAUUCUAAUUACUUUAUAACAGUAUUAAUUUAGAUAGCUUGUUUGUACUGUGCAAUUUGAACAAGGAAUGCAAGGUUAUUUUUUACAAAAACAAACUUGUUUAUUUUUAUAAUAAUGUAUUUGAUGUGGACCAAAUUUGUACCCCUAUAUAAAACAGCCUCUCUUAUAGUGCAAUCAUAGUUUAGAAACAAAACUGGUCCUCUUUCCUUGCUUUUUAACGUAAAUGGCUAGAUUUGGUUGUCUUAGCCAGGUUUCCUUUGAAGGAGAGACUGAAAACCAUUUUGAAAUUGCUUAGUUCAGAAUUCAUCAAACUAUUUAAAAUUACUGAGUUUUAUCAUUUACUUUUUACAAGUGCAAUAAUUUCACAUAAAACUUGUGAAUGGGUGGAUAAUUGGUACCUGAUCCUUUUGGUGCUACUUUCAUUUAAGUCUUUAUUUCAAACCACCUUUCCCUGAAUCUUCAGAUAGAAAAUAUUUUCCACAUGAGUACGUGCAGCCCAGUAAGAAACUAGACUGAAAUUUCUUCUCCUAUUCUAGUCUAUCAGGGAGAAGAACCAGCAUUAUUUUUGUGUUUGGUGUGUUUGGUGUGAAUAUUCAAUCAAUAAAAAUGAUUUACCAUUAUAAACAGCUGUGAUCUUUUCAAAAUCCUAAAUAAAAGACUGUGCUGCUGAGUUCAUCUCACACUUUUGAAAGCAGGACACCAAUAUGUUAACUGUAUUUUUGUGGCUUAGGCCAUGAAUGAAUCUUUUCUUCUAUAAAAUAUUCGUUUUUUAACUAAUAGAAAUAAGAGGCCCUGAGGCAAGAAAAUUUGGCAAGUUUACAAAAAAUUUCUCUUUGAUAAUUUCUUUGUUAUAUAUUUUAAUUUCAAAGAACUCAUUUUGUCAUGUUGUUUGGUUCACAUAUCAACUGUUAAAGCCAUAAUUUUAACCAGUGAAUUUAAAUAUUGAGUAUAACUGUUUGAAGUUUACUAUAUACAUUUAAGUUAUUUGCUGAUACCAAAAACAAGUCACUUGGGGGGGAAGAGUCAACCUUUGCUUGUAAUUAAAGUUGCUGCUACUUCUGUAAUGUGUAUUUUUUUAACUUGGUAAAGGGCAAUAAAACCAUUACACACA